AUGAAGUUCGAUCACAUUCUUUCUCUUUUGCUCCUCGGCGCUUCGGCCGCCAAUGCCGUUGCGGUGCCUGAGCCUGCCAACAUCCUUGACUCGACGAAAAAGGAGCUCGGCAAGCGCAAGGGCGGCGGCGGCGGUGGUGCUCGAGGAGGAGGAGGUGGUGGUGGCUCAAGCAGUUCAUCCGGCUCCAGUAGGGGCGGCUCCGGUGGCGCCAGUUCCGGCGCUCGUGCAGGCGCCGGCGCUCCUCGAAGCUUUGCCGGAGGCAAGUACUACGGCGGAGCCUUCUGGCCUGGACUCUGGCUCUACGGCGCCUACUCGUAUCCUUACAGCCAUCCCUACCGCUUCCACAACAACACCCGGGAUGAGGAAGAGGAGCUUCCUGUUAUCUGCGCUUGCGAUCCUAACAGCGCUUGCGGUUGCGACGAGAACCAAGACACCGCAUAUCUGUCCGAUCUCAUUGGCGACGGCAGCUAUAACGGCCUCAACCACUCACUCAUCACCGUUGCGGAGGUGAACGGCACCAAGACCAUCUUGAUCAACGGCACUCUCUCCAGUGAUACCGAGGCGCCAUCCGACGGCGACGAAUCGGCCGCUAUUGCGAGAGCGGUCGAGGCUCUUGGCUACUGGCCGAUGGUUGCCGCCGCCCUCGCCGCGGUUUUUGUCGGCGACGUGAUGGCGAACACACCUGUGUGGGUAUACGCUUCCGUUCCCGUCACACAUUCGCUUACCCUGCCUUUUCUGUCGCAAGACAGCAGCAACCUGAUUGUCGCCAAGGGCUCCCUCCUGCAAAUCUUCACGACGAAAGCGAUCCCCGCCGAGGUCGAUAACGCGCAGAGGCAGCAGUCGCCGCCGAUUGUCCCGCCCGCCAUCGCGUUCGAGAGCCGCCGUAGCGAUGACGACGGGCUCGACUCUUCGCUCCUCGCCGAGGGCAUCCACCGCGCCGACCGAGGAAACAACACCAAGCUCGUGCUCGUGGCCGACAAGUCGGGCGGCCACGGCUUGCUGGUGGCGCUGAGGACCGCCAAGGCGUGUCUGGUGCAGUGGAACCCCGAUACCAAGACCAUCGUCGACACCUCUGUCCACUUUUACGAAAACGAAGAGGGCGCCUCGUUCGAGCUGCCCUUAUCGGAAUACGAGACCAUACUCCAAGCAGACCCCAGCAGCAGGUGCGCGGCCAUGAAGUUUGGGCUACGCAGCAUCGCGAUUCUCCCUCUGAAACAAGCGAGCGCGGACGUCGAGAUGGACGACUGGGAUGUCGACCUGGACGGUCCCCGGCCUGUCAAGGAAAACUCGGACAAGGCGAUGGCGACGACCAAUGGCGCGAAAGAGCUCCCGUAUACGGAAUCCUUUGUUUUACGGUUUCCCCAGCUCGAUCCUACGCUCCUCUACCCUGAACAUUUCGCAUUCCUAUACGAAUAUCGAGAGCCGACGUUUGGCAUCCUGUCAUCGAUGCAGCAACAGGGUUAUUUCCUAGGCCGCAAAGAUCACAAGUCCUACAAGGUCUUCACACUAGACUUGCAUCAGCGCGCCUCCACGACGAUUUUGGCGGUCGAUAACCUUCCUCACGACGUUCACCGUGUUAUACCCCUCCCCGCCCCCAUUGGAGGUGCCCUCCUGGUCGGAGAUAACGAGCUGAUCCACGUUGACCAGUCGGGUAGAGCCAACGGUGUGAGCGUCAACGCGUUUGCCAAGGUGUGCACCUCUUUUCCACUGGCAGACCAAAGUAGUCUCAACCUGCGACUGGAGCACUGCGUGAUCGAGCAGCUUGCUCUUGAGUCGGGCGAGCUCCUCAUGGUGCUGAACAAUGGGAACAUAGCGAUCAUCAGCUUCAAGAUAGAUGGGAGGACAGUAACUGGCGUCAGUGUGCGAACGAUCAGCCCAGAAUGUGGCGGUGGCAUAAUCCCGUCUCGCUGGGCGAGGAAGCACAGCCAAUCCGCGCGGAGAAAAUCACGCCUGGUUGACCCGUCUCUCGAGUAUGACCUGGACGAUCUCGAUCUCGACGAUGAUGAGGAUGAAGAUGAUCUGUAUGGUGAUUCCGCCCGCCCUGCCCCGACCAUCAAUCAAGGCAAUGCGAACGGGCAGUCCAAGGACGGAGACCUGAACUUCCGCGUGCAAGAUACCCUCCUCAGCAUCGCGCCUCUCCGAGAGAUCUCGCCGGGCCAGUCAGUCUUUUUCCCUGAAAGUGAGGAGAAGAGGAAUUCCGAAGGUGUGGUGAGCUCGCUGCAGCUCGCCUGUGCGGUUGGCCGCGGGAAUGCUGGAGCCAUUGCCAUCAUCAACAAGGAUAUACAACCCAAAGUAAUUGGCCGCUUCGAGUUUCCGGAAGCUAGGGGAUUUUGGACCAUGUCCGUCCAGAAGCCUAUUUCCAAGACGCUUCAGGCGGAAAAGGAUAUCUCGGCCGCUAUUGGAAGCGACUACGGCGCGGCGACCGAGUUUGACCGGUUCAUGAUUGUGGCAAAGGUAGAUCUCGACGGUUAUGAGACGUCGGAUGUAUAUGCCGUUACUGCCGCCGGCUUCGAAGCCCUGACGGGGACCGAAUUCGACCCCGCCGCUGGAUUCACGGUCGAAGCCGGCUCGAUGGGCAAGCACAAGAGGGUCAUCCAAGUUCUCAAAUCCGAGGUGCGGUGUUACGAUGGAGAUCUCGGGCUAUCGCAAAUCAUCCCGAUGCUGGAUGAGGACACGGGCUCGGACCCGAGGGUCGUCAGCGGAAGCAUUGCAGAUCCCUUCCUUUUGCUCAUUCGAGACGAUUCUAGCGUUUGGAUAGCACAGAUCGACAAGAAUUGCGAGCUUGAAGAGAUGGAACGACUGGACGAGAGGCUCGUUUCGACCAAGUGGUUGAACGGAUGCCUGUAUACGGAUGUGGACGGCCAUUUUACGAGGGCGGGCAAGGGAACGACCACGCCCACUAUCCUUGCUUUCCUCGUCAGCACCUCCGGCGCUCUUUAUGUCUACUCUCUCCCUGACCUGAGCAAGCCCAUCUUCGUAGCAGAGGGGCUCGCCUAUCUCCCCCAUAUUAUCCGCAGAUCUCCCUAUCUUAUUGCAAGAAACUCUACAAACGACCUCACCAUCUAUCAGCCGGUGCUCCGAAGCGGGGAAGAAGACGACAGCAAAGCGCUGCAAUUCCUGAAACUUCGAAACCCGACGCUCGCCGCCACACCCGAACCUCCCCUCCUCAAGAUGACACGGCGCCGCAAGAGCCGCGGUUUGUCCCGCUCAGGGCCUGUUCCAAUAUCGGCGGUUACAGUACCGUCUUCCUUCCUGGCGUUUCGCCGAGCUUUUGAUCAAGAGCAGCAAGAGCACACCCAAACUGGUUGGGCUCCAAGGAUGUGCCGUCAGGGGCCUCAGCUCAUUCCAUACGGAAGGAUGCGAAAGGGGUUCAUCUACGCCGAUUCAGAGGGCAUCGCGCGAGUGACCCAGCUCCCGCCCAAGACCAGCUUUGCGGAGCUGGGCGUUUCGGUCCGCAAGAUACCCAUGGGAUUCAACCUGAAGCAGAUUGCGUACCACUCGGCAAUGGAGACGUAUACCGUAGGCGGUAGCGUCCUCGAGCCGUUUGAGCUUCCCAAGGACGACGAGCACCGCAAGGAGUGGGCGCGGGAAAACAUUGACCUGAAGCCCAUGGUCCAGCGCGGACAGGUCAAACUCGUCAACCCGGCCAACUGGAGCGUGAUCCAGACGAUAGAUUACGAGCCGUACGAAGACGUGCUGUGCCUCAAGGCUCUCAACCUUGAGGUGUCCGAGGUGACAAAGGAGCGCCGUCAGCUCAUCGUCGUGGGUACGGGCACGCGCAAGGGCGAAGACCUGCCGAUCCGCGGCCGAGUGUACGUGUACGACGUCGUGGUCGUGAUUCCCGAGGCGGGCAAGCCCGAGACCAACAAACUGCUGAAGCUCGUGGCCAAGGAGGAGAUUCCCCGGGGCGCGGUGACGGCGGUGAGCGAGAUCGGCACGCAAGGCCUGAUGCUGGUGGCCCAGGGCCAAAAGUGCAUGGUCCGCGGCCUCAAGGAAGACGGGUCCUUACUCCCGGUCGCGUUCAUGGACAUGAGCUGCUACGUGACGGCGGCCAAGGAGCUGCGGGCGUCGGGGCUCUGCGUCAUGGCGGACGCGACCAAGGGCGUGUGGUUCACGGGGUGCACGGAGGAACCGUACAAGAUGCAGCUGUUUGGCAAGAGCACGACGGACUUGGAGAUUGCGACGGCUGACUUUCUUCCGGACGGGAAGAACUUGUACCUGAUUGCGGCGGAUAUGGGGGCGAGAUCCACGUACUCCAGUAUGACCCAGAGCGUAAACCCCAAAUCUCUCCAGGGUCAUCUUCUCCUGCACAAGACGUCGUUCUGCACAGCCUCAAACGGACCAACCAUAACUCUUCUCCUCCCACGCACGGUAACCCCGGCAUCCGGACUCCAGAAUAACGGGGCGGAGCCGGGCACGUUCCAUAACCACAUCCUCCUCCUAGCGUCGGAGAGCGGUAUGCUCGCGGCCAUCUCGCCCCUCUCAGAGGCGGCGUACCGUCGUCUGCUCUCCCUCUCCGCGCAGCUCGUCACCGCGUUGCCCGUGUCGGCCGGUACCAAUCCUAAGGCGUAUAGGAUGCCGCACCCGGCGGCCGGGGCGGUAGGGGUGGACACGGCGAGUGGCAGGACAAUGAUUGACGGGGCGGUUUUGGCGCGCUGGGGCGAGCUCGGCACGGGGCGAAAGGCGGAGCUGGCGGGGAAGACGGGGUACUCUGGGGUAGAGCAGGUGAGGGCGGAGCUGGACUCGUUGUUGGGCUGGACGGGGCUUGCGUACUUUUAA